AUGGUGAAGAUCACUUGGACGGAAUUUAUGAGCGGGUCGAUUCUCAUCGAGUGUCAGCUCCGUUUCCAAGUGAACUUUGAUUGGAAUUUGUUCGAGAUAAUUCACGAGGCAGAAUUGAUGGAGCAACUGGGCUUCGAGCUGUCACCCAUAGUGAAAGAUGCCAGUAUACAGAAAAAUCGGUUGAGACACGACCUCGAAGUAAUGCAAAAGUUGAUCGAUCAGUACAACUCGAUGCUCGAGAAAAUGGAUAAAGCGGACAUAGAAUUGUUGAAGAACAUCUUAUUGGACAUCGAGAAGCACAUACAGCCCGGAGUGAUGCGUAUAAAUUGGAACUCUCUGAACAUACCCGAUUACGCGCACGAGUGCGAGAAAUUGUUGAAAAAUUUGAACUCGUUGGUCGACCAGUUGAAUCACAUAAAGAACGAUCUCGACAACAGGAUAUUCAACGAUUUGCAGAACUACGACCUCUUCUCCCUUCCCAACAAAUAUUACGACAACGAGAACGAGCUGAUAACCUUGCUACCCUGCAAGAUGUUCUUCCAAGAGAUGCAGGUGAAGAGAGUCGAACUUGCCACGGCGAUGUCCACCACGUAUCAGUCGAUCAGCCCCAUUCUCAUCAAGUUGGAAAGCCUUAUAUUCGGCACGUACACCGGCAAGUGUACCGCCAUGCAACUCUAUUACGAGAAAUACGAGAGGAAAAUAUUCUCCGCUUUCAUAACAAGAUUUAGAGAAUUAUUAGCUGCAAAAUUGUUGGGAUUAUCCGAAAAUACAACGAAAGGUUGUCAACACCUUCAACGGAAUCAACAUAAUAUCGCCGUUCGGAUAAAUAAUUCUGAUAUAAAUAUUAGAUUAUGCAUAACGAAGAAUCUCGAGUACUUCAACAAAAAGUUGACGGAUACGAAACCGAUGUUUCAAGUGGACGCUGUCCUGAUAGCCUCCGAGGUGGUCAUGAGACCUUCCCCGACCGAAAUCUACAACAUCAUAUUGCAGAACGAGAGGAAUCUCUUGGAGCAGCUGAAAUUGUUCCCCAGAUGGAUGAACGGCAGUUGCUUGGAAUGUAAACCGCAAACAAAGACCGAAAACGACACGUUCGUGAACUUCACCUUCUUCGAGGAUUUGAUGAGCAUUCAGAUAGUGAACGACACGAUAAUAACGAUUCAAAGGACGGCCCAUAAAUUGGCGUUGGAAGCGUGGAACUAUCUGCAAAGGUGGAAGAAGUACAGCACUCUGUGGUCGUUCGACAAGAAUCUCGCAGCCGAGAAGUACGCGGCCACCCAGCCAACCCUCCACCAAUACGACGAGAAAUUCUCCUUCUACAGCAACAUCCUCGAGGAGCUGGUGGAGAUGAAGUCCACCUACGGCCUCUAUUCCAUAAGCAUCAACCUGAGCUCCCUCCUCCUUAGUAUCGAGCAACACGCGAUAGAAUGGAAACAAGUGCUAGGUAAUUACCUUCUGAUGCGGACGAACAACGAGAUGAACGAGUUGCACGUGAUAAUGGACGGGUUGCGGGCCGAGGUCGAGUUGGUGAUCACCGGUCUUAGCCGGUUCACGUCCGUCAUGCAGGCGAUCGCAGACAUAAAGAAGAUGGCCAUUCAAGCGGAAGUUUGCUACACCACGUGCCAGGAAACCUUUCUAGCAUUUCGCAGCCACAAUAUAUCGUUCCCCGAGGACGACGAGCGAGCUGCCUACGAUCUGCAACGCGACUGGGAAUCCCUGUAUCUGGGCGCCUUGUACAGAGCAUCCACCCUCGAGAGCACCUCCGACAGAUUUUCGGGGAUGACGCAGGACCAGAUAUACGACUUCGUUAAGGAGCUCGAGGAAUUCGCUAAGAAUUUCGAGGCCUACGGGCCUGGAAGCGUGGGCGACGAUCUGGAGCUUGGAUUGGUCAAGAUGGAGGUGAGUGAGAGGAUGUUUUUCAAGUUUCAAUUUGACGAAACGCUUUUCGUUGAAAUUGAUGAGGGAGAAGAGAAUUUCAUAAAUAAAAUCGUUGUUCGGAUUAACUUUACGCUUCUUCCUUCGUUUAAACGCUCCAAAAAUCGUAGCAAUCCAAGGAUAAUUCCUCGAUUUGUCCAGGAAUACGGGAAAUUGAUCGCGAAGCACGACGAGACGCACCGGAACCUGGUCAAUUCCGAGAUACUGUUCGAUCUUCCGGCUACGGAUUACUCGGUCUUCCUGAAACUGAAGAAGGAUUACAACGGGAUGGAGAUGUUGUUCGAACUGUACAAGGAGCAGAAGGAGAUGAGGAACGUUUGGGCGCAGACCCUCUGGGCGGACCUGAACCCCCAACAGUUGAUCGACGGUAUGGACUAUUUCAUCAGGAUAUUCCGUAAACUGCCGAAAUUCGUGAAGGAGCUCAGCAUCGGGCACGCGUUGGAGGCCAACAUGAAGAGCUUCAAGAAUUCGGUCCCGUUGUUCAUCGAGUUGAAGAACGAGGCGAUGAGGGAGAGACACUGGAACCAAUUGAUGACCAAGACUGGACAAUUUUUCGAUAUGGACCCGGACAGGUUCACCCUGCAGAACAUGUUCGCCAUGGAGUUGGGAAAAUACCAAGAAAUAGCCAAGGAGAUCGUGAUGAACGCCGUGAAGGAGUUGUCCAUAGAGAAGGGUUUGAAAGAUCUGGCCGACGUGUGGAAAAUGUUGGAAUUCACGGUGGUGAAACAUUACAAGGGCAUCGAGGAUCGUGGAUUCAUCCUGGGUCCGACGGACGAGAUGAAUCAGAUUUUGGAGGACAACAUGAUGAACGUUAACGCGAUGGCCGCAUCCCAGUUCAUCGGCCCGUUUCUCGACACCGUGCAAAAAUGGGAGUCGAUCAUGCACACGAUCUCCGAGGUGCUCGAGUUGUGGUUGCAAUUGCAGAAGAGGUGGUUGUACCUCGAGGGUAUUUUCGUGGGCGGUGACAUAAGGAUGCAAUUGCCCGAGGAGGCGAAGAGGUUCGACGACAUCGACAAAUCAUUCAAGAAGAUCAUGGCCGACACGUCGAAGAGAUUGAACGUGCUCGACUGUUGCAUGAUCAAAGGUCGACACGAAGAGUUCGAGUCGAUGAUAAGCGCGUUGGACAAGUGUCAGAAAUCGUUGACGGAUUACUUGAACAGCAAACGAGCAGUGUUCCCGCGAUUCACGUUCCUCAGCGACGACGAGUUGUUGAACAUCCUCGGCAGCGGUGUGCCGAUCGCCAUCCAAGAACACGUGGGCAAGAUGUUCGACAAUUUGGACAAAUUCAGGUUCGAGUUGAGCGAGACAGAGCGCGAGAUAGUGACGGCGUUGAUUUCAGCCGAGGAGGAGGUGAUGGAGUUUAGGAACGUGGUGUUGGCCGAAGGGAAUAUAGAGGAAUGGAUGGUGUUCGCGUUGGAGGAGAUGAAGAGGUCGAAUCGAUUCCUCACCAAGAAAGCAGUCUUCAAUUACGGAAAGGUGAGGAGACCAAGAACGGAAUGGAUGCUAGACUUUCAAGGGAAUAUGGUCCUGUGCGCUAAUCAAAUAUGGUGGACGGCCGAGGUGGAGGACGUUUUCGUGAGAAUUUCUCACGGACAGAUGCAAGCGAUGAAAAACUAUUUGAAGCAGCUGAACAAUCAGUUGAACGAGGUGGUGACGUUGAUGGGCGCCGACACGUUGACGAACAACGACAGGAAAAAAUUCGACAUGGUGUUGACGAUCGACGUUCAUAUGAGAGACAUCGUGGAAGGUUUUGUCAGGGACAGCAUCAUAGAUCCUUCCGAGUUCGAGUGGGAGAGUCAAUUACGGUUUUAUUGGGUUCGCGAUCUGGACAACGUUUGGGUGCAUCAAUGCACGGGCGUGUUCGAAUACGGUUACGAGUAUAUGGGAUUGAACGGAAGACUCGUGGUCACACCUUUGACGGAUAGAAUAUACUUGACCAUCACUCAAGCCUUGUCGAUGCAUCUGGGAGGCGCACCCGCGGGUCCCGCUGGGACGGGAAAAACGGAGACUACGAAAGAUUUGGCAAAAGCUUUGGGAUUACUGUGCAUCGUGACUAAUUGCGGCGAAGGGAUGGAUUACGUGGCGAUAGGAAAGACGCUGGGUGGCCUGGCGCAGUGUGGUGUAUGGGGAUGCUUCGAUGAAUUUAAUCGCAUCGAUAUAUCCGUGCUGUCCGUCAUCUCCACGCAACUUCAGACCAUACGAUCCGCCUUGAUAGCGAAAGCGUCCAGAUUCACGUUCGAAGGCGUCGAUAUAGCGCUCGAUUCGAAAGUUGGCAUAUUCAUCACGAUGAAUCCGGGAUACGCGGGUCGAACGGAACUUCCAGAAUCCGUGAAAGCGUUGUUCAGGCCCGUGGUGUGUAUAAUCCCGGAUAACGAGCUGAUCUGUCAGAUCAAGUUGUUCAGCUCCGGCUUCUUGACCGCCAAAGUUUUGGCCAAGAAAAUGACAGUCCUGUACAAACUGGCACGCGAGCAACUGAGCAAGCAGAAUCACUACGAUUUCGGGUUGAGGGCGCUCAAGUCGGUGCUCAAUAUGGCCGGCCACUUGAAAAGAACUUCGGGCGACUUGUCCGAGAAUUUGGUGCUGAUGAGGGCGCUACGAGACAUGAAUCUUCCUAAAUUCAUCUUCGACGACGUCCCACUCUUCCUUGGAUUAAUAGCCGAUCUGUUCCCCGAACUUGACUGCCCCAGGGUUCAUUAUCCCGAUUUUAAUGAAGCCGUUAAUUACGUGAUAGAAGAGCGAGGCUACAUGCGCUUACCCGAACAGGUCGAUAAAGUGAUUCAACUGUACGAAGUAAUGAUGACGAGGCACUCGACGAUGGUAAUCGGGCCAACAGGAGGCGGAAAAACCGUCGUGAUCGAAACGCUUUGCAAAGCGCAAACUCGGCUCGGCAUGCCUACCAAACUCUACACCUUGAACCCGAAGGCGUGUACCGUGAACGAGUUGUACGGAGUGUUGGAUCCGACUACGCGCGAUUGGACGGACGGCCUGUUGAGCAAAAUUUUUCGAGAAGUGAACAAACCGUUGGACGACAAGAGCAAGAACGAGAAAAGAUACAUUCUGUUCGACGGUGACGUGGACGCCCUCUGGAUCGAGAAUAUGAAUUCCGUGAUGGAUGACAAUAAAUUACUCACUCUGGCUAACCAAGAGAGAAUCAGAAUGCUAGGCCAUUGCAGUCUAUUGUUCGAGGUAGGCGACCUGCAGUACGCCUCUCCGGCCACUGUGUCGAGAGCAGGUAUGGUGUACGUGGAUCCGAAGAAUCUGGGCUAUCACCCUUACAUGAACAAAUGGAUACGUAGUAAGAGCGAAUCGGAUCAGGAGACGUUGACCGCGUUGUUCGACAAAUACGUGGAUGGAGCGAUUACCUACAUUAUAGAUGGAAUGUUCGGAUUGCAGCAGCUCAAACCGCUUAAGAUGAUUAUACCGCAAACCGGAUUGAACAUGGUAGUGCAACUUUGCUAUGUGUUCGAUGCCCUUCUCGUGACUUUGGAUACUGAAUUGGCCUCUCUUCUCAAAAUUGAUGAAGAGGAAGAAAUAAAAAUAGAACCACAAUACACUAGAGAGGAAUGUUUCGAAGCAAUGUACAUUCAAGCCUUGUACUGGUCCUUGGGAGCCUCCCUGGUCGUAGAAAAUAGAUCCGAGUUCGACGAUUAUGUAAAGAAAACUUGCGGUUUCAUGCUUGUCCAGGACACCAUUGAAAAACCAGCUACUGUGCGAUACAUUCCCGUGACGAAUAAAUUGUUGUACGAUUACUUUUUGGACUUGAAACAAAAUAUCUGGGUCCCAUGGAAGUUAAUGGUUCCCGAAUAUGUACACGACAGGAAGAAACAUUUUUCCGACAUCCUAGUUCCUACUAUGGACACUUUGAGAACUACGUGGUUCGUUCAAAUAAUGAACGAACGAGAACGACCAGCACUUUUGGUCGGAGAGACUGGUACCUCGAAGACUGCUAUCAUUCUCGAGUUUCUUCGACACUUGAGCUCUGAAAAAUACAAUCAACUCAUGAUAAAUUUCUCGUCGAGAACGACCUCGAUGGACGUGCAAAGAAACAUAGAGGCUGCCGUGGAGAAAAGAACGAGAGAAACUUACGGGCCACCUCCUGGUAAAAAAUUGUUGAUCUUUAUCGACGACAUGAACAUGCCAUUGGUGGACACUUAUGGUACCCAGCAACCAAUCGCUUUUCUCAAAUUCUUAUUCGAGAAAGGUGGCUUUUACGAUCGUGGAAAGGAUCUUUCUAUGAUGUACAUGAAAGAUAUGUGUUAUUUGGCAGCAAUGGGAAAACCGGGUGGAGGGAGGAACGAAGUGGAUCCAAGAUUCAUCUCCAUGUUCUCCAUCUACAAUGUCGUAUUUCCCGCGGAUGAGACCCUCGAUUACAUCUACACGAGUAUUCUGGUCGGACAUUUGCAAAUAUUUUCAGAGGAGGUGCAAGAAAUCGCGUCAACUUUAGUGCAAAUUACUUUGCAACUUUAUAAGAUAGUUUUGGCUGAAUUAUUACCAACACCGAACAGAUUCCAUUAUAUUUUCAAUAUGCGAGAUUUGUCGAGAAUCAUGGCGGGUGUUCUUCAAUCCCAUCCCGAUUAUUUGCCAACGGUGAAACAGAUAGUUAGACUUUGGAGAAACGAGUUCAUCAGAAUCAUAUGCGAUCGUUUGAUAAACGAAAACGCAAGUAUCGAAAAGAUAAACACGAAAAUUUACAUCUUUAUUUAUAAUUUUCUGAUUACAGGAUACGAAAAUCGUAACCGAUUAUAUACAGAAAAGGUCGAAGAAUAUUGGGAAGAGGAUCGUAAAGUGAUAGAAUAUGUGAUGAGGGAUCCGUUGCUGUUCGGUGAUUUUCGUAACGCGAUUAACGAGGACGAGCCAAGAUUUUACGAAGAUCUCUUGGAUUAUGAGGCUGUCUACAGUUUGUUCUUGGAGAUUUACGAGGAUUACAAUGAAAGAAACGUGAGCAAAUUGCACAUGGUCCUUUUCAACGACGCGCUCGAGCAUCUGACAAGGAUACAUCGUGCCCUCAGGAUGCACAAAGGCCACGUUCUGGUGAUCGGUAUAGGCGGAAGCGGGAAGAAGUCGGUGAUCAAAUUGGCAGCGUACGCAGCAGGCUUUCGAACAUUUCAAAUUAGCCUCGCUCGAGGCUACAACGAGCCCGCGUUUCGCGAGGACAUGAAGAGUUUGUACAACAUGGUUGGCGUGGAUAACAAAAAGAUCGUGUUUUUAUUCACCGCCGCUCACAUCAUCGAUGAAAGUUUCUUGGAGCUGGUAAACAACAUGUUGCUGACUGGAGUGGUACCGGCUUUGUUCACGGACGAGGAGAAGGACGAAAUAAUUCAUUCAUGUAGGAAUCAAGCGAUAGAGGCUGGUUUUGGCGUCACCAAAGAAAAUGUAUGGUUGUAUUUCGUGAAAACGAGCCUUCAAAAUUUACGAAUAGCACUUUCGAUGAGUCCAUCGGGAGAUUUGUUAAGGACAAGGUGUAGAAGUUAUCCGGGCCUGGUUAGCAGUACUACCAUAGACUGGAUGUUCCCUUGGCCCGAACAAGCAUUGGUUUCCGUGGCUAAUGUCACUCUUAGCGAUAAUCCAAACAUACCGGAAAGUUUCAGAGAUGUUAUAGUGGAACACAUGGUGCUCACCCAUAAAUCCGUCAUAGACUACACGAUAGAUUUUCAAUUAAAAUUGCGGCGAAGAAACUACGUGACGCCUAAACAUUACCUGGACUUUAUAAAUAUCUUUCUACAUCUUUUGGUGGAAACGAAGAAUUACAUAAAUUCGCAAUGCAAUCGACUUUCCGGAGGUCUGCAAAAGAUCGCCGAGGCUUCGAUGACUUUGAACGAGUUAAACGAGAUUCUAGCCGUGCAAAGAGUAAAAGUAGCCGACCAGACGAGGAAUUGCGAGCAAUUGUUGGCCUCUAUAGGAGAAAGUACGGAUAUCGCGAUGGAGAAAAAGCAGUUCAGCGAGAAGGAGAGGCAGGCGAUAGAAGUACAGAGGAAGAUCAUUAACAAGGAAGAGACGGAAGCCAAAGAGGCGUUGGCCGAAGCGCAACCUGCCCUGGACGCGGCCCGAUUGGCCCUUGGAGAACUCGAUAAAGCGGACAUCACCGAAAUAAGAUCGUUUGCAACGCCUCCUGAACCCGUACAAAUCGUCUCAGAAUGCGUGGCGAUACUGCGAGGCGUGAAAGAAAUCUCUUGGAAGAGUGCAAAAGGAAUGAUGAGCGAUCCAGCGUUUCUAAGACAAUUGCAAGAGAUGAAUUGCGACAAGAUCACUUUGAAGCAGCAGCAAGCUGUCAAAGCGCAUCUGAAGAAGACCACGAAAUUGGAUCAGAUGCAAUACAUCAGCAAAGCAGGAUACGGCUUGUACAGAUUCGUGCUCGCUGUGCUGGAUUACUGUGCCGUUUUCAGAGAGGUUAAACCAAAGAUAGACCGAGUUAAGGAAUUGGAGGCCGAAUCGGAACGGGCUCGAAAGGCUUUGGAAAAGGAGGAACGAGAAUUACGAAGGCUGGAAAAAACCAUCACAGACUUAAACGCGAAAUACGAGAAAGCUAUGGAGGAAAGGCAAAAGUUGCAGGAGGAGACUGAUCUGCUUCAGAGACGUUUGAUAGCCGCCGAUAAGUUGAUCAGCGGAUUGUCCUCCGAAAACGAGCGAUGGAAAAAAGAUUUGGAGAACCUGAAAAUUCAGAUAGAGAAGAUCAUUGGAAAUUGUCUUCUCUCCGCUGGAUUUCUCGCUUAUUGCGGUCCAUUCUCGUACGAGUACAGAAAUCACAUGAUAUACGAGGAUUGGUGGGAGAGUAUAGUGACUAAGGAGAUCCCUUUCAUGGAUACGUACAAGAUUCAAACUGAACUGACUAACGACGUUGAAAUUAGCAAAUGGACAUCCGAGGGUCUACCACCGGACGAGCUAUCCGUACAAAACGGAAUUCUGACCUUGAGGGCAUCGAGAUUCCCCGUUUGCAUCGAUCCUCAGCAACAAGCUCUGAAUUGGAUCAAAAAGAAGGAGCACAAACAUUUGAAAAUUCUAUCGUUUACCGAUCCAGAUUUCUUGAAACAGGUGGAACUGGCGAUAAAAUAUGGUCUACCGGUUCUCUUCCAGGACGUUGAUGAGAUCGAUCCCGUGUUGGAUAACGUCCUAUCCAAGAACAUACAGACUGUAGGAGGUAGAUCGUUCAUCCUUCUCGGUGAUAAAGAAGUAGAUUACGACCCGAGAUUUCGAAUGUACCUUACCACCAAGAUGUCGAAUCCUAUAUUCGAUCCUGCGGUAUACUCCAAGGCCACAGUGAUCAAUUACAUGGUGACGUUAGGGGGCUUGGAAGACCAAUUAUUGUCGGUGGUGGUUCGAACAGAGAGGCCAGACAUCGAGGAGCAACGCGAAUCUCUGAUCGCCGAGACCAGCGAGAACAAGAAUCUUCUCCAGCAACUGGAAGACAGUUUACUUCUGGAAAUAGCAACGAACAAAGGAAACAUGCUGGAUAAUAUCGAGCUGAUCGAAACAUUGGAAAAUACGAAAGCCAGCGCCGAAGACGUGAUGAGAAAAUUGUAUCUCGCCGAAGUUACAGCCAUUGACGUGAACAAGCUUCGAGAUGGUUAUCGAUCGGUAGCUCAAAGAGGAGCGAUACUCUUCUUUGUUCUGGCGGAUAUGGCCACGGUUAACUCUAUGUAUCAAUACUCUUUGAUCAGUUACGUGGAGGUGUUUAUUUAUUCAUUGAGGAAAGCACUUCCGGAUCCGACGUUGCAACGCCGGCUGCAGAAUAUCAUCCCAAUGUUGACGAAAAAUGUUUACGAUUACGGAUGCACGGGAAUCUUCGAGAAGCAUAAAUUACUGUUCUCGUUCCAAAUUUGCACAAAGUUGGAACAAAGUAUAAAAAACGUGACCCAACAGCAAUUAGAAUUUUUCAUCAAAGGAUGUAUCAGUUUGGAGAAGGCGCCUAAGGUUAAUCCUACGGAAUGGUUGCCAGCGUCUGGAUGGGCGGAUUUGUUGAAACUGAGUACCGAUUUCUCGGAAAAAUUUGGAAAUAUCGCGGAUGAACUCGGUACGCAUGUGGAUGAAUGGCAAACAUGGUACGAUAUGGAUUCCCCGGAAUCCGUGGAAUUUCCCUUAGAUUAUUCCAAAAAGUUAACUCCUUUCGAGAAACUCAUGUUGAUGAGAUGUUUUCGCGUCGAUCGAGUUUAUCGAAGCAUCGUCAAUUACAUUACCGAGAUCAUGGGAGAAGAAUACAUCACCCCUCCGCACAUUAGUUUCGAAUUAAUCUUCGAACAGAGCACACCCACGAUGCCUAUCGUUUUCAUCCUAAGCCCUGGAUCCGAUCCAACCUCGGAACUAAUGAAAUUGGCGGACAAAUACGGCUGUGGCGGUGGAAGAUUUAAAUAUUUAUCCCUUGGCCAGGGCCAGGAAAUUACCGCAAAAGAGUUGCUAGAGGGUGCUGUGGCUAGAGGACAAUGGCUCAUGUUGCAAAAUUGCCAUCUACUCUUGAGUUUCACCAAAGAAUUGGAAAAAUUGUUGGAGAACAUUGGAAAGCCUCAUCCAGAUUUUCGUUUGUGGCUCACUACCGAUCCAACUCCCAAUUUUCCUAUUGGAAUAUUGCAACAAUCUUUGAAAGUGGUCACGGAACCACCCAGUGGAUUGAAGUUGAAUCUCGAAAGUACCUAUCUAAAAAUGAGACCACAAGUGCUGGAAAGUUGCACUCAUCCUGCUUACAAACAUUUAAUUUACGUGUUGGCUUUCUAUCACGCGGUCGUUCAAGAGAGGAGGAGGUAUGACAAGAUUGGCUGGAACAUAAAUUACGAUUUCAAUGAGUCGGAUUUCAACGUGUGCACCAUUAUUCUGGAUACAUAUUUAACCAAAGCGAUUCAAACGAAUGAUAGCAAACUUCCUUGGAACAGCUUAAAGUAUUUGAUCGGUGAAGUAAUGUACGGUGGACGAGUGAUAGAUUGCUACGAUCGUCGAGUAUCCGAGACUUAUAUGGAUGAAUAUUUUGGAGACUUUCUUUUCGACAGCUUUCAGCCCUUCCACUUUUACGUGGACGAAGAAUUCGAUUACGUGAUACCACCAGAAGGGGAUCGUGAUGAUUAUCUCGAGUUCAUCGAUCAAUUACCGCUUGUCAAUACUCCGGACGUGUUUGGAUUGCAUCCAAAUGCCGAAAUUGGUUAUUUCACUCAUGCUGCGAAAGAAAUGUGGAUCAAUCUUAUAGAAUUACAGCCCCAAGCUGAAAUUAGCCCGACUGGAAUAAGCAAAGACGAAUUUAUCGAUAAUCUUGCGAAAGAUAUAUUGGACAAAAUCCCUGUCGAGUAUGACAUUAAUAAAGUGAGAAAAAGUUUUGGACCGAUCGUAAUGCCAACCUCGAUCGUUCUUCUUCAAGAAUUGGAGAGAUUUAAUAAAUUGAUCAGAAUGAUGAAAAGAUCACUGAUUCAAUUGAGAAAAGCUAUCGCUGGAGAAAUCGGAAUGGAUAUGACUCUUGAAAGUAUAGCCACAGCGUUAUAUAAUGGUGUACUACCAAGCCAAUGGGCCAUGCUAGCACCAGAUACAAAGAAAACAUUGGCUGGAUGGAUAGAACACUUUGAGAAGAGGAUACACCAAUACAAUAGUUGGGCUGCUACGGGCGAACCCAUAGUUCUCUGGUUAUCUGGCCUGCACAUCCCAGAAACUUACUUGGCAGCUCUUGUGCAAAUGGCCUGCCACAGAAACAAUUGGUCUUUGGAUCGAUCUCUCAUCUAUACGGCAGUGUCGAGAUAUACCAGACCCGAAUACGUAGAAGAUAAACCUGAUCAGGGUUGUUAUGUGAGUGGAUUAUAUUUGGAAGGAGCCAGAUGGGAUAUAAAUGAACAAUGUCUGAAAAGAUCGCUCCCGAAAAUCUUGAUAGAAGAAUUACCGAUAUUAAUCGUCAUUCCAAUCGAGGCUCAUAGACUCAGGCUUCAGAAUACUUUUAGAACGCCGGUAUAUACCACAUCUAAUAGAAGAAAUGCUAUGGGAGUAGGUUUGGUUUUUGAAGCAAAUCUCGCUACAGCGGAACAUAUCUCUCAUUGGGUGUUGCAAGGAGUUUGUUUAAUAUUAAAUACUGAUUAAUCGCAAUUAGGAUUACAGUGAUAUUAAUUACUUUUCUUUUUUUUACAAUGAAAACAAUAUAAAGACGUCAUGUACAGUAGAUAUUCUUCUAAUAAUAAUAUAUUAAAAAAAUCUUUCUAAAAAUAUCUUUCAUUGUAUUAUAUUUAUCCAAUUUCAUAUACAACAGAAAAUAUAUACAUAUAUAAUAUAUA